UAACCGUCAAUUUCAGUAGACCUGUGACUGAGGUUAAUUAUUAAAGCAUCGAAAUAAAAUCCCAACAGAGGGCAGCACAUGCAGAGAUACAUACAGCCUCUGAGAUGAUCUCACAUCCUCAUUUCUGAGAAGCAGGAAGUCAGGCGAAGUAAGUAGCGUAGAACAUUCUACAGUAGUCCAAUACAUACAUAUGUUCUGCAUAUGUAAGUGCUAAAUAUAAACGAUUCGGCAAACUUCAUAAGGAACAGAAAAGUUGUUAAACGCGAUCUAUUGAAAGCGAAAGUAAAACGUGUGCGAACGUAGGCUACCAAUAAUACCGUAGCCUAAACAUUUGGAACCAUGGCUGAUCAAGAUGACAUUACAGACAGGCCAUCUCCACUGGAAGAAGAUUUAACUUGCCCUAUAUGUAAGAGUAUCUUCACGAACCCAGUACUGUUGUCCUGUACGCACAGCUUCUGUAAAGACUGCUUGGACCAGGCCUGGAAGAAUAAAACGAGGAGGGAGUGCCCGGUCUGUAGGAACAACUGCAACAACGAGCAGCCCAUACCUAACCGCUCUUUGAAUGCUGCUUGCGAAUCCUAUCAGAGGCAGAAAGGAUGGUUUGGUUCCGAAGCUCCGAAGAUGGUGUGUGGUCUUCACAAUCGCGAUUUUGCACUCUUUUGCGAAAAGGACGAGAUACCUGUGUGCACGGAGUGUUUGCCGCUUCACUGCGGGCACAAGCUUAUUCCACUGGACCAGGGGAUCCCGAUUUGUAAGGGCGAGUUGAACAUAAAAAUUAACAUCUUGGAGGACAAAGUGGACUCUUUCAAAAGGAUGAAAAGGCGAUAUGAGAAUACAAUUUCCUUCAUACAGGACCAAUCAGAGACAGCGGAGAAGCUGAUCAGGCAGGAGUUUGAUCGCCUACGUGAGUCCCUCAACCAGGAUGAGGAGUCGCGGAUCCAGGCCCUGAAGAAAGAGGAGGAACAAAAGAAGCAGGCUGUCAAAGAGAAGGUGGACAUUCUGGCCAAAGACCUCGCCAGUCUAAAUGAUCUCAUCAAUAACGUCAGGAAGGAGAUGGGGGGCGAGGACCUGGACUUUCUCCUGAACUUCAACAAACUGAAGCAUCGUGCACUGUGGACAGAUGAGGGCCCUCAGAGGGACCCGGCUGAGCUCAUUCAUGUGGCCAAGCACACCGGAGCUGUGGGCUACAAGAUUUGGGAGAAGAUGCAGAACCAAGUGCAGUGCCUGCCCGUGAUCAUGGACCCAAACACCAUCUCGCCCUGGCUGCGCAUUAGUCCUGACUUCAGCAGUGUGAUGGAGAGCAAGGAGCGCCAAGCCUUCCCAGACAACCCAGAGCGCUUCGACCCCUGUGUGUUCGUGCUGGGCUCUGAGGGCUUCGGCGCCGGGCGGCACCGCUGGGACGUGUACGUGGGCGACAACCCUAAGUGGGUCCUGGGCAUCUGCAAGGAGUCGGUGGUGCGCAAGCGCAGGUUCACCGUCACUACCAAUGGCGGCGUGUGGACCAUCGGCCUUAGCAAGGGCGUGUACAGCGGUCUGACCUCGCCACGCACCGAGCUGAAAGUGGACCGCCGGCCCGAGACCAUACGGAUCAAGCUCAAUAUGGACAAGGGCCAGGUGUCCUUCUGGGACAAGGUCAACGGCCGCCACCUCAUUACCUACACUGACAAGUUCCCCAACAGGGUGUGGCCGCUGUUCGGGCCCAAUCUGCACAGUACCCCCAUGAAGAUACUGCCCUCCAAGGUCACCAUUCACCAGCAGUAGCCCCUGUUGCCCAGCGUUCCUCUACCCAGGAGCUGUUUCACAGUGUUGAUGUCUGAAUCACCAGUCGGAACAAGCCAACAAUGUGUCACAGCACUGUGAAUGAAAAGUGAAUGGAAUGAAUGAGAAGGGGAGUAACUGCAUAUCCUUUGUGCCUUAAAUGCCUUUUUUUCUGUUUUUGCUUGUGUCAUGUUUUAGAGAUAUGUAAUUUCCCCUCUGGUAGGUAGUUAAACGCACUGUGGUGGACAACUUUAUCUUUUUUCCUCUUCUUUUUUUUUUGGAAAGGGUUUUUUGUCAUAAAAGUCUUUGAAUUCCUGUUUUGAGAGAGAGGAUUGUGAAUGCUAUGUCUUGUUUUUAUUGUCACUCCGCAUUCUGGCUCCUCUGGGUUGACUUGUGUGCGCCUCAAUGUUGGCAAUUCCAUUUUUUAGUUCAGUCUGUCAGUUUACCACUAGGGGGCAGAGUGUGGCUGUGCUGAAGUUACAGCCAAAAUAGUUUUUGGGGAAUGUAUUUACAUGGUUUUGCUGAGGAUAUGUGCAGUCUAUGCACAGAAGUCACCAAAUUAAUGUCGCUGGUAUGCAGCAGUCUGUCAGUAUUUCAAGCUGUACACAGAGUCUUUUAACAGACCCUAAUGUGGAACAUUGGCUUGUGGCAGAGCUUUCUGUGGAAGCAUGGUUUUGCAGGUUUCAUUUCUAACCAAACAUCAACUUAUAAAAAGAAAUGAAAUAUAAA